AUGUGCGAUAAUGCGAAAAACUUCGUUGGAGCUAAACGUGCGAUCGAUCAGUUACAUCGACUCUUUGAAACACAACAGUUCCAGCACAACGUUACGAGAGAAAGGGUUACAGAACGCAUCGACUUCAAAUUUAUCCCAGCUCGAACACCAAAUUUCGGAGGCUUGUGGGAAGCAGCGGUCAAGAGCUUCAAAAAUACAUUUAAAAGAACCAUCGGAACUAGAGUGCUGAGAUAUGAUGAAAUGCUAACGGUUUUGUCUCAGGUGGAAGCCAUACUAAAUUCCCGACCGAUAACGCCAAUCAGUAACGAUCCAAACGACUUUGAAGCCUUGACUCCAGGGCACUUUUUAGUGCAACGACCACUAACAGCAAUCGCGGAACCUGAGCUAGACGACGUACCAGAAAAUCGUCUGUCAUUUUGGCAAAGAUCACAGCUGUAUGUUCAGAUGCUGUGGAGGAAAUGGAGUAUCUUAUAUCUCUCUGAUUUACAUAACCGUACCAAAUGGACUAGACAGAGGGACAACGUAGCCGUUGGGACCAUGGUUCUCCUGAUGGAUGAACGCUUACCGCCAUUGAAGUGGCGCCUUGGUCGCGUCACAGAAAUCUUUCGUGGACCUGACGACAACAUUCGCGUCGUCAAUGUUCGUACUCAAGACGGAACAUACCAGCGUGGAAUAACGAAGAUCUGCGUGCUCCCGAUCAGGGAUAACGACGGAUCCAGAGAUGAGGAAAAUUAG